GUAAACAUCUUCAUAAAAAAUGCAUGCCCUUGGAUUGGCUUGGGUUUUUCGAUGAAUAAACUGAUGCAACCAAAUACCUUAAAAUAUGUUGAAAUCGAUGGUAUUAGGAAUUUCAAUUUGAAAUUUAAUACAACGAGGAGAUGACUUGCUAAUAUAUAAAUGAAUCCCGUAGAAGAGACUAGCACAGAAGAACACAGGAGAUUUGUGAAAAAUUAUUGUGAAAUGCAUGAAGGGGCGGACUUGAAAACUGUUAACCAAGUUGACAACAAAUCUAACAGCGAAAUGGAACACUCCGAAAACGUUCCAAGUUGUAUGCCUCAGUCUGUUGACUCUGAGGAACUUCACAAGUCGAUUUUAAAUCCAGAUAGACAAGGUUGGGUAUUUCACUCCUCGCCAUCUGCAUACUUGAGCGUUGAAUCCAAAGAUUUCCGGGACAAUUCAUCAAUAUUUCACGGAAUCUGCGGGAGAUCCGGACGGCGCCGAAACCGGACAAGCUUUACGGCAGAACAAUUAUCGCUGCUGGAAGAUAUAUUCACCAAAAAUCAUUAUCCAGAUAUAUUUUGUCGGGAAGAAAUUGCUUCAAAAAUUAGUAUGACUGAGGCACGGAUACAGGUUUGGUUCCAAAACAGAAGAGCCAAAUUCCGGAAACAACAUCGUAACAUGGCAUCACCAAAAUAUGUAGAGUCACUCACCAAAAUUAAAGCAACGCGAUUAUGUGAAGAUGAAGACAAAGAGAGUCAUCGAAUAAUUAAUACCACAAGACCAUCAGCUUCCAGAUAUACUACCGAAGCAAUCAAUUGGCCAAAUAGGAAUAAUGUUAUGCCGCAGACCUUAAGCUUGCCCAAUUAUUUCCCUCCUCCAUUACCUUACAAUACUAUCCAAAGCAUGAAUCUUCAAUCUGCAUAUAAUAGUGGCGCUGUUGCACCGUUACCUAUUCGUCCUUUGGCAAUGACGUCAGAGUGUCAUUCCACACCUUCACGAUCGCUCUUUAAUUUCAACGACUUCACUGCAUAUCUGAGAUAUUUUUAUGCUUCACAAUUCGUCUUGAAAAAUCGAUUUACGCUUGGUGUCAGAGAAUCAGAUCCAGUAACGUCGAACCGUGAAAAUUCUCCCGCUAAAGAGUUUAUCUCGCCGGGUGAAAUAUGAGUAUUCGAAAUAAAACAAUAUAUAUAAAACAAAACAAUACAACAAUAUUUUUAUAUAUAUAGGCUCUCAUAUAUAUACAUAACUCUUGUGUAAAAUAUCAACAGAUAGUUUACCCCUUUGCUCUGAGUUAUUCACGGACGUAAUUCAACUUUUGACACUGUAAAAUGGAUUUCCAAUA